UCGUAAGAUUCAGUCUUCAUCUUCGCUCAAGCGUGUUUUGUUUCAGCGUGAGUCGUUUUUACGAUAAUUCGUUAAAAAUAUACUAAUUAAAAAGUAAUCUGAUUAGAAAGUAAUCGCGUACGAUUAAUGACAAAAGUAUAAUCAAAUAUCUGUGAUAGCAAUGACGUACUUGAAUUCUUGGGAGGAAUUUGAAAAGGGUGCGGAGAGGUUAUAUCUUCAGAAUCCUAUGAAAGCCAGAUAUUCAAUGAAAUAUUGCCAUAACAAAGGUGUCUUAUGGCUUAAACUUACAGAUAAUUGUACAUGUCUACAAUAUAAGACAGAAAUAGCUCAAGAUUUGAAGAAAAUGGAAAAAUUUAUAGGAAAUCUUAUGAGGCAUAUGGCAUCGAAAGACAGUUGAAGAAAAGGAAGGUUAUUAUAAGAAUAAGAUUAUCAUUUUAAAUAAUAUAAAUAAGAUGUAAACACAGUGCAUUCAGUUUAGUGAACUUUAUGUGUCAUAUCAUAAGAUUCGGUGACUGCUACGAUUAUAGAUAUUUACUUUCAUGAGGUAUAAAAAUUUUCUUAAAUAUACAAUAUGUGCAUAAACUUCGGCUUGAAUUUUAUUUAAAGCUUCAUGCUCAUUUCUGGUGGCUCCUUUGCCUCCUUGUCAAGGUUCUGCAAAAGAAAAAAGAAAAAAAAAAAAAAAAGAGAGAAAGAGAUAUUAUGCAAUAAGUAUAUUUUUUAUUUUCUUCGAUAAAUAGCUAACUAAUUUAAUUACAUUCACAGUACACAAUGCAAUAGAUAUUAAUAAAGCUAAAAUUCAGAUAGAGAGUAAGCAUGAAGCAAGCACUUACGAUAUAAUGGGCUGAAGAACAGCAUCCAGAGUAGUGUCAACAGGAGGGUAGAUAUCUUGAUUCGAAGACAGUUCGUAGUGCACCUCUCCCCCUAAUUGCAAUUGCGUCUAUACCAAAGAAAACUAUUUUACUAAUCUACUACAAAGAAUAAGACGAAAUAUGUGAACGUCUCUACGUAAUUAGUGUUAAUAUUAUGGGAUGAUUAUAAGAAAAAUGAAUAGCCAAGCUAGAGAAUGUGUCCUUUUUGCCGCCGAAAACCUAUACUAUCGGAUAUGUGUCACCUUUCAAAAGCAGAAGCCUGAACUACAGUGAAGCGCAAAGGAGUGCUGCCCAUUUAUUUAUGCAUUAGAAAUUAUGCAAGAAAGCAGAACAACUUGAACUUUUUAUCUUGUCCCUAACAAUUUAUAUUUUUGAUUUGAUUUAAAAGAAAUAUUCAAACUUUCACACGCUAUUUGCAAAACACAAUGGGUCACACGCUGGAGAUAUCAAUAGGCAUAAGAAACAAAAUUUGUUUUAUAUAUAUACACACAUUAUAUAUAUAUAUGUAUGUAUGUAUAUA